UCUUCUUCCUCCCUCGAUCCUCCAGACUCCACCCAUCAAUGGCGAUCGUCAGACUCCACCCAUCAAUGGCGAUCGUCGUCCGGACCCUCAUCACGAACCUGCUCUCGCGCUGCCCGGCGGAAUGGCGGCCGACGUGGGCGGCGGCGUACGUGGCGCUCACGGCCGCCGUGUUCGCCUUCCUGGACGCGCUCGACGCGCUCCUCUGCCUCGCAUACGCCUUCAUCGACGGCGUCCUCGAGGACAGCCCCGCCGCCUGCUGCUGCCGCCGCCGCCGCUCGCCCGCCGAUGCCGACGACGAAGAAGGCGUGUCCGACACAUUGUUCCUCCGCCGGAGCUUCUGCCGCGACGCGCUGCUCCGGCUCGUCGGCGCCGCGGCCGCCUCCGUGAGGCGGUUCGUCAAGAGCAGGAGCGGCGGCGGCGCGCCGGAGAAGAAGGGAACGGCUCCUCCUCCUCCGCGGUGGUCCGACUGCGGCUGCGACGCGUGCACGGCGUGGCAGAGGAAGACCGCCGGCGCCGGAGACGACGACAACGACGGUGGCGAGCGCCGGCCCCUGCUGCUGCACUCUGUCGUCGUCCACGACCCGCGGCCGGCGCACGACAAAGCUGCCGAUGCCGAUGCCAUGGAAGAAGAAGAGCACCCCGCGGCGGCGGCCGUGUUCAUCCACGGCUUCACGUCGUCCUCCGCCUUCUGGACGGAGACCGUCUUCCCGCAACUCAACCGUCAGCGGCGGCUGCUCGCCGUCGACCUCCUCGGCUUCGGCGCCAGCCCCAAGCCAUCCGACUGCGCCUACACGCUGCGCGACCACGUGUCGGCGAUCGAGCGGACCGCCAUGGGUCCUCUGCAAAAUCCCAGCUCCUUCCACCUCGUGGCUCACUCCAUGGGCUGCAUCGUCGCCCUCGCCCUCGCCGCCAAGCACCCGGACCGCGUCAAAUCCCUCACCCUCAUCGCCCCGCCCUACUUCCGGGGCGAGGGGAGGCCGGUGGCGGAGAAGAAGCUGUGGCCGCCGCUGCAGUUCGGGGCGGCGGUGAUGACGUGGUACGAGCACAUUGGCCGCACCGUCUGCUUCCUCGUGUGCAAGCACCACCGCCUCUGGGAGGCGCUCCUCCUCGGCGUCUGCAACCUCCUGCCGGCGACGACAGCAUCCAGGACAGGCAGGCUGCUGAGGGACCUGACGAGGCACACGCACCGGUCGGCGUGGCGCACCAUGCACAACGUGGUGUGCGGCGGCGCCAGGGCGGUGGAGCGCAGCCUCGACGCCCUGGCGCCGGUGCCGGUGAGGGUCGUCCACGGCGGGGGUGACAGGGUCGUCCCCGUCGAGUGCGCGAGGGAGCUCAAGUCGAGGCUUCCCCGGGCGGAGCUUCGGGUGUUGGAUGGCUGUGAUCACCGGACGGUGGUGUUCGGCAGGGAGAAGGAGUUCGCCGGCGAGCUCAGGGCCUUCUGGGAAGGCAGCGAGAAGAAUACAGAGGUUAUGUGAUCGCCGGUAUUACAAGAUUUAUCCCCCCAAAAAAAUAUUGGAUUUCAUUGAUAUGCAUUGUAGUAUAUAUACAAAGCGGAAGAGAACCGUAGUAGCAUUUGUUGUUCUUUUUACAUACCGUGAUUCUUUGAUUGUGCGAUGUACAGGCAGCUCAACUUGCAGAGAUGCGUGCAGUUAAUUCCAUACUGAAUUGUCACUUUGUAAAAUUUGCCUGUACAAUACCAAAGAAAAGUAUAAGAUAACUGUGGACUA